UGGUGUUAUUGCGAGAACUAUGACUGAAUGCUUUCUAUCCACUAUAUACAUGUGAUAUUUACUAAACAAACUGAUGCCAGUGACAAAGUUCCAUUUAAAAAACUGUUUUGGACAACACGUGCUACCAGUUACACCAUAAGAGCUAUAAACUUUGCCGAUUGUGCAGUUCAGCAGGAACGCUGACUUCUCCCACUUUCACGUACGACUUUGAAUGUAGCACCACAGUAUUCACUCGGCAGUCAGCAUGGCAUCCGCUCCGCCAAGGCAACCCGAUAGCGCCAGCACACAGGAGCAAAUAAAAAGAGACCUUCUUCAGAGACUUCUAACUAAAAUUUCCCAGGCCACACAGAGACUCCCGCUGGAUGUGGACUAUUUGAAGUUUGUGGUCAACCAGGAGAUGGUCCUUUUUAGGGCAUUGUCAGGCCAGGUUGAGAUGCCACAAGAGGUUGUAAACGCAUUGACAGAGCAGUCCAUACUUGUCAAUGCAGAUGACAGCUCUAAUAUGAGCCGGUGCCAGGUGCCAGUGAUGCAAGCAGAAAUGGGACAGCCAAAAUAUGUUGUGUCUCCUCAGCAACUACAAAGCCUGGUAGAAAUGUCUCUACCAGUGUAUCAUGUAUUGCGAAACAUCUGGGUGUAUCUGUGAGGACAGUGAAACGGCGCAUGCAUGAAUAUGGACUUUCCAUAAUGCAGUGCUACAGUAACCUAACCGAUGAACAACUAGAUAAUUUGCUGAGGUCGGUGAAGGCUAGGACACCACAUGUAGGAUGCAGAAUGAUGAAAGGAAUCCUGCAGGCCAUGGGUCACCGUGUCCAGUGGAACAGAGUGUAUUCCUCCAUGCAACGUGUAGACUCUGUUGGUGUACUCUCAAGAAUGAAGGAUGGGGUGUGUUGCAAGAAGGAAAUAUUCUGUCCAGGGUCCUCUGCACUUGGUGCAUAUCGACACAAACCAUAAGCUCAUCAGAUAUGGCCUUGUUAUUUUUGGAGGGAUUGAUGGCUUCUCACGAAAGAUCAUGUACCUUGGUGCUGCAACCAAUAAUAAAGCAUCUACUGCACAGAAGUAUGGCUUCCCAUUAAGGGUGAGAGGUGACCAAGGAGUGGAAAACGUUGGCAUAGCGCGAUGCAUGUUCACCAUUAGGGGUUGUGGAAGGGGGAGUUUCCUAUCAGGAAAGAGUGUACACAACCAAAGAAUAGAACGUUUGUGGCGAGAUGUUUGGAUGACUGUUUCAAAUGUGUACUACGAGAUACUUCACAGCCUUGAGGAUGAAGGUGUUCUAGACCCUUCUGAUAGCAUCCACCUCUUCUGUGCCCAGCAUGUGUUUCUUACACGUCUGCAGAGGGAUCUUGAUGUCUUCAGGGUGGGGUGGGAUAAUCACCCUCUAAGAACAGAGCAGAAUCUCUCCCCACAACAACUGUGGAUGAUGGGGCUUCUCCGGUAUCCUGUUGAUGCUCCAGACUUGGCAGAGGACAUUGAGGAUGCAGAUCUUCAUUUCAACACUGUCAGUGAGCAAGACGUGACCAGUCCUGGAGUGAUUCUCCCACUCCAUUGA